GGGGCGCGCGGCGCAGACGGCCAUGGCCGCCACGGCGCAGUACCUGCCGCGCGGGGCGGCGCUGGGCCCCGACGGCGACCGGCUGCACCCGGGCGCCUACCGCGAGGUGCAGAAGAUGAUGCACCACGAGUACCUGCAGGGGCUGGCCCCCGCCGCCGGGCACGCCGUGGGGCUGGCGCACCACCAGUGGCUGCCCAGCGCCGGCACGGACUGGGGCAGCGGCGGCGGCGGCGGCGGGCACCUGCCGCCGGCCGAGCACGGCAAGGGCGGCGCGGCGGGGCCCCGCGAGGAGCUGCCGGGCGCCUUCCACCACCGCGCGCACCUGGGCGCGGCGGCGGGCGCGGCGGGCGGCUGGGCGCAGGGCGGCGCGCACCACCUGCCGCCGCUGUCGCCGCCGUCGGGGCAGCCGCUGCUCUACGCGCAGCCCUACGCGGGGCUCAACGGGAUGCUGGGCCCGCCGGCGCCGGCGCUGCACCACGGGCUGCGCGAGGCGCUGGGCGCCGAGGAGGCGGGCGCGCACGAGCUGGCGGCCUCGCCGCCGCCGCUGGGGCCGCCCGAGCCGCCCGACGAGGACGCGCCCAGCUCCGACGACCUGGAGCAGUUCGCCAAGCAGUUCAAGCAGCGCCGCAUCAAGCUGGGCUUCACGCAGGCCGACGUGGGGCUGGCGCUGGGCACCCUCUACGGCAACGUCUUCUCGCAGACCACCAUCUGCCGCUUCGAGGCGCUGCAGCUCAGCUUCAAGAACAUGUGCAAGCUGAAGCCGCUGCUCAACAAGUGGCUGGAGGAGACGGACUCCAGCACGGGCAGCCCCACCAGCCUGGACAAGAUCGCGGCGCAGGGCCGGAAGCGCAAGAAGCGCACCUCCAUCGAGGUGGGCGUCAAGGGCGCCCUGGAGAACCACUUCCUCAAGUGCCCCAAGCCCUCGGCGCACGAGAUCACCUCCCUGGCGGACUCCCUGCAGCUGGAGAAGGAGGUGGUGCGCGUCUGGUUCUGCAACCGGCGGCAGAAGGAGAAGCGCAUGACGCCGGCGGGGGCCCCGCACCCGCCCAUGGAGGACGUUUACGCACAGGCGGACUCGUCGCCGCUGCACCACGCGCUGCCGGGGGCCGUGCACUGACUGCGCCGACCCGGCCCCGGCCCGACGGCGCGGCCCCCGGCGGCCCCGGCCCCGGCGGCGGGACACGCUCUAAUUUAUUCCUCAGACUGGCUCGGCCGAGCCGCCCGCGCCGCCGCCGUGUUUGCUGGCCCGCCCCGGGCGCCGGCUGCCGGACGCAGCAGCAGUAGCCAAAGGUCCUUUGAUUCCGGCAAUAUUUUGUGUGUUGGGAGAACUUCUGAAACAUGUGCCUGUACGGAGCUCUUGGGCUGGUAAAAUAACUGCUUAGCUGAACACGGUGGCGAAGGACCAGAUUCUUUUUUUUCUUUGGCGGAGAACUUACCUGUGGUCUCGGGCAUCUGGCAUUUGCUAGUUUCCUUACUUGAACCUUGCUACAACUUGUAUAUUGUGAAAGAGAAGGUUUAAAAGGGAGUUUUUGGUGAUAACCCUGCAUCUUGCAUAUAGAUUCAGAUAUGUAUUUUUACAUACCAAAUAUAGUUUACGCUUGAAAAUUCACACGUGAAAAUUAUUGUUUUACUACAAUUUUGUGUUUCUUUUUAUAUUCUGUGCCUCUGUGUGUAACAUUUGCUUAAGCAACAGUGCAUUUGCAAUAGAUCAUGUUAUAAUUUA